UAUGGCAACGCUACUUGUAUUUUGGUUGUCCUUCCUUUGACUAAAUUAAUAUUAUAAAUGAGAAAUUUCCAUAUUUAAACGAUUUACACUGUUAGUUUACGACUAUAUGAAUAGUUAACUUAUAAUUUCUCUCAUUUAAAUUCCUAAUUGCAUCUAAAAAAUGCUGGUGCUUGUAUUAGGUGAUCUACAUAUUCCUCACCGCUGCAGCAGCUUGCCUCCGAAAUUUAAGAAACUUCUGUUGCCGGGAAGGAUCCAGCACAUAUUAUGCACAGGGAAUCUGUGCACCAAGGAAUCCUACGACUAUUUAAAGACCUUAGCCAGUGAUGUACAUGUUGUUAGGGGGGAUUUUGAUGAGAACUCAACAUAUCCUGAGCAAAAGGUCAUCACAGUUGGCCAGUUCCGAAUUGGGCUGAUCCAUGGUCACCAGGUUGUUCCAUGGGGUGAUGAAGAGUCCUUAGCGCUGGUACAGCGGCAACUAGAUGUAGAUAUAUUGAUAUCGGGUCACACACACCGUUUUGAGGCUUAUGAGCAUGAGAAUAAGUUCUAUAUCAAUCCUGGAUCAGCUACUGGUGCUUACAGCCCAUUGUACAGAACGGCAACACCAUCAUUUGUUUUAAUGGACAUCCAAAGUUCUACAGUAGUGACAUAUGUGUACAAACUGCUAGGUGAUGAGGUGAAAGUUGAAAGAAUUGAAUUCAAGAAAGCACAGUAAAUUAUAUGGCAAUUAUUAUAAGGGAUGUGAUUUUUUAUAUAAAGUAACACUGUCAUGCAAUAUGUAACAUAAUGGAGCACUAGAAAUAUGCUACUGCAACCCUAUGAGUUAUUAAUUAUAAUUUAUUUAUUAUCAUGGCAACCAGAUCCAGAUUUUCUUAAUCAGAAAGUGGAUACUUUUUUUUUAAUCAAUGAUAAUGGAAUGGUGCAACCGUCUGCCCUAACGGCUCACGCUGCCGGGAAAACAGUGGAGGAUGAUAAGAUGAACAUGAGGUCAGGUCAGUUAGCACAUCAUGACAAAUUCACCAGGUAUUAAUCAUGAUUGUUUCCAAGGUGAAACGAAGGGAAGU